UUUUCUUCAGUUUUCUUCAGGAGUCUCAAGUUUGACUGUAGACUGACAGCCUCCUUAUAUCAGUUCACAGUGAGUAGAAGAGCCAAGCAAAGCUAAACUAUUAUUGUAUGCAGAGCAGAGAGUGAGCGGCCGGGUCGGAUAUCUGAAGGCAAGAAAUGGCGCAUGGCGGAGAGCUAAUGGACGGCGAUCUGGAGGAUGGUGAGAUCUCUGGGUCCGACUCGGAUACUGAGAUGGGAACCACAGCCGCUGCAGCUCCAGCUCGACCCCAGGUUCCUCCAACCUUUAGCGGCCAGUCCUUCCAGAGCAGAGCCGCUGCCCAGCACUCAGCCGCCGCCUACCGCAGCACCGGCAGGACGGCGGAGUCCAGCGACAGUGACCCGGAUUCUUCGGACGAGGAGGCGGCUGUUUGGCGCCGUAAGCGUCAGAAAGUCUCCAACCUUCCCCAUCCGCCUGCCUGUACCGCCCGGGCAGAGCAGACCCGCAUGCCCGUCCCAGGCGCACCGGGAGGCCGCAAGGUGAACAACAUCUGGGGCUCUGUGGUCCAGGAGCAGUGCCAGGAUGCUGUAGCUGCAGAGCUAGGAAUAUUUGGCAUGGAAGGUGAAGUCAGCAUGUCCAGCAGAAAUGUGGAGACUUAUAACUUUGUCCUGGCUCGUAAGAUAAUGGACAAGGAGAGGGAGAUGGAGAAACAGGCCAAUCAGGGAGAGGUGAGCAUGCUGGAUGCUCAGCUGGAGGAGUACAUGAAGGAGAGGGGAGGCGCUGAUGCAAAGAGGAAGAGGUCAGCUAAAGAGAGACUGGGCCCCAGGGCUGAGAUGGACAUCAAGGGUCGGUAUGAGAUCACAGAGGACGAUCCAGAGGAUAAGGUGACGGAUGAGAUUGCGCACAGGCUGCAGGAGCCUAAAAAAGACCUGAUAGAGCGCGUUGUUAAAAUCAUAGGGACGAAAAAAGCUAUAGAGCUGCUUGGAGAGACCGCCACGCUGGAGGAGGGCGGCGGUGUCUACACCAUGGACGGCAGCAGGCGACGGACGCCCGGUGGGGUGUACCUCAACCUGCUGAAGAACACGCCGAGCAUCAGCAAGAACCAGAUCAGGAAGAUAUUCUUUGAGGAACAGCAGAAAGAGAGCAAGAACAAGAAGGCCGCCCAGAAGAGGAGGAGGCACUUGGUGGCUAAGAAGAUGAAGCAGGCCAUCGGGACGCUGAACCUGCAGGAGCACGACGACGUCUCCAGGGAGACUUUUGCCAGUGAUACCAAUGAGGCCUUGGAGUCGUUAGAGGAGGCUGCGGAGGAGGAAGAGGAGGGUCAGGAGGAAGCUGCUGUGGGCACUGAGGAGACGCCGGUGGUCUACAACGCUGUGGACCUGGAGGUCUUCUGAGGGCUGUCUGAACUUUAAGAGGACAUUUAGAAUUCAAAUUAACACUGAGAGCGCUGUACACGGAAAAAUCAACUAUUUGAUUAAAAUAGUGUCUGUGCUGCAUUAAGAUUUUAAGUUAACUGAAUUUGAUUUGACAAGAAAUGAAACCCUUUGAAGUUUGAGUGUAUUGGCUUGAUGUCUUUCAAAAGCAUUGGAAGAAGGCAGUGAGAAAUUACCUGAAAAUUAGCAAGAAGUUAGUAAAAAGUGCAUAAAAUUACUUGAAAAUUAGAAAAAAAGGAUUUUUGGGCUUAUUAUGCCUUUAUUGCAUAGGACAGGUGAAGAGAGAGGGGUAGGUUUUAUUAUCAUCGUAACAUACAUUUCCCCUAGCUUUUUUUUGUUUUUUUCCCUUGAAAUUUUCCCCUAGCUUUUUAAAAAUAGUUUUCCAAA